UGAUAUGUAAGGUUGUCAAACCGGUUUAUGCCAGUGUGUCGGUUUGGCAAGUGGAAUGAUUCGACCAGUGGCAUAUAUCGGAUUUUAUCGGUUCAUGCCGGUCAAUAUUAUAAUUAAAAUUAUAAAUUAAAUAUUUAAACAUGACAUUUAACGUCAAUACCUAAACAUUUAUACUUGAAUCCAACAAAUAACAUCAAUAUUUAAGUUUUAUAAUCAUAAAAUAAAUAAUAAAAUAUUUUUUAUCAAUUAAAUUCACUAAAAUAAGGUCAUUUUAAUUAUUUAUAUAUCGAUCAUGCCGGUCAUAUCGAUGAUGUCAGGCCGGUUUUAUGACCGAUACCGGUUGAACUGAACCGAUAGCUUCGUUGCCACCCUUGUUCGGGUCGGUUCCCACUCGGGACUAUAAAGACUUUACCAGGUUUAACCGAUGGCCUCGUUGCCGCUCUUAUUCGGAUCGGUUCCUGCUCGGGUCUAUAAAGACUUUACCAGGUUCCACGGGGCCUGGUAAAGUCUAUAUAGACCCGAGUGGAAAACGACCCGAUCCGAAUAAGGGCGGCAACGAACCUUUUUGGGGCUUGGUAAAAUCUUUAUAGACCCGAGUGGGAACCGACCCGACCCGAAUAAGGGCGGCAACGAACCUCUUUGCAGUAAUGAAUGAAAUCUCAUCAAACAGACAUUAAACUGUGGGGGUGAAGUCGUAGUAGAUUUACUAGUAGGUGAAGCUCACCGUUAGGUGUUGGGUGGAAAAUGGAAAUGCCGCCGUAGAAAAGUUCCGAUCAGAUACCUGAACUUAACUUCCCUUACAAUUUCAACCCUCCACGGCUCUCUGGUCAAAACGCCGGCCACUCAAUGUGAGCAUUAUUGCAUACAGUUCACAGACGGAGCUGGACGGACACGAUUCCGUGGUUGGAGCCAGAAGCUUUGCUGCCUGGAAAAAGGCAAACAGUACAACACAGGACGAAAAUCAUCAAUUCUCCAACUCCAAUUCUCCUCGCCCUUUUCAACUUCGUCCUCGCUCCGGAGAGAGAGCGGAGGGGGGAACUAACUAAUUAGUGCUGCUGCUGCGAUGAUGACCCUCGUUUCCACCGGCGGCCGCUCCUUGGCUGUGGGGCCACUGCCUAACUUCAGGAUCACGCCACCAUCGUGGCGGAGGCCUGCGCCGCCUUCUCUGAAGACCCCGCGCGCGGCCAUUGUGGAAUCGAGGCCGGUCAAAAUAGCGCAUGCGGCAAGGGAUAAUGCCUCCAACGGUAACGGCGCGCUGGUACUCGUGUCCGGCGGAGGCGGAGCAGGAUCCGGAGGAGGAGGUGGAGGUAGUCAGUCUGAAGAUAUUCAGGCGGAGGCUAGAGCCAUGGCUCGUGCCGCCGAUGCUCCCAUUUUCACCCCGGAGCUUAUUGCUAACAAAUAUGGCCGUAGACCUAUCGAGGUUUUGAGGAGGACGAUAGAGAUUUUGAUAGCGAUAGUUUCUUUUGGGUUGAAGCUGUGGUUGGACGAGAGAAAUGGAGUGUUCGAUCAGAAUAAGAGAGUCCGAGCGGCGGAGCUUAGGCAGAUUUUCACUCGAUUAGGACCGACUUUCGUCAAAUUGGGGCAAGGACUCUCCACCAGGCCUGAUAUCUGCCCUCCCGAGUAUCUGGAAGAGCUCACUGAGCUUCAGGACGACUUGCCCACAUUCCCUGAUGAGGAAGCAUUUGCCUGCAUCGAGAGAGAGUUGGGGGUUUCUCUCGACUCCAUUUACUCAACCAUUUCGCCUUCUCCUAUUGCAGCUGCGAGUCUCGGCCAAGUUUACAAAGCUCAACUCAAGAACUCUGGCCAAACUGUUGCUGUCAAGGUGCAACGCCCCGGCAUCGAGAAGGCUAUUGGUCUAGAUUUCUACCUCGUCAGGGGGAUUGGCGGAUUGAUUAACAAAUACGUUGAUUUCAUCACCAGUGAUGUUGUUGCUCUUAUUGAUGAAUUUGCAUACAGAGUUUACCAGGAGCUCAACUACGUCCAGGAGGGACAAAAUGCGAGGAGAUUCAAGAAGUUGUAUGCUGACAAUGAAGAAAUAUUAGUUCCUGAUAUUUUCUGGGAGUAUACAAGUGGCAAGGUCUUGACCAUGGAAUGGGUUGAGGGUGUUAAGUUAAAUCAACAGGAGGCUAUAGAGGGUCAGGGCUUAAAGGUUCUGGAUCUUGUGAACACGGGAAUACAAUGCAGCCUCAGGCAGCUCCUUGAAUAUGGAUAUUUCCAUGCAGACCCUCAUCCUGGUAAUCUCUUAGCAACACCAGAGGGGAAGCUCGCCUUUCUUGAUUUUGGAAUGAUGAGUGAGACCCCAGAAGAGGCAAGAUAUGCCAUUAUUGGUCACGUGGUGCACCUGGUUAACAGAGAUUAUGAAGCUAUGGCUCAGGAUUAUUAUGCUCUCAAAUUCCUCUCCACGGAUGUAGAUGUUACCCCAAUUGUUCCAGCAUUGCAGAAUUUCUUUGAUGAUGCACUCGAUUAUACAGUUAGUGAGCUUAACUUCAAAACCCUAGUGGAUGGACUGGGGGCUGUUUUCUAUCAGUACCCAUUUAAUGUUCCAGCUUAUUAUGCAUUGAUAUUGAGAUCCCUCACCGUGCUUGAAGGAUUGGCCCUUUAUGCUGAUCCUAACUUCAAGGUUCUGGCUGCUUCAUACCCUUAUUUCGCAAAAAGGCUUCUCACUGAUCCAAACCCAUAUCUUAGAGAUGCUCUUGUCGAGCUGCUUUUUAAAGAUGGGAGGUUCAGAUGGAAGAGACUUGAAAAUCUACUUAAGCAAGGAAGACAAGACCGAGAUUUUUCAGCAAGAGAUGCUCUACAGCCUGUAUUGAAACUACUGCUGGCCCCAGAUGGUGAAGAAUUGAGAAGAUUGGUUGUGAAGGAAGCUGUAUAUGUAUCAGAAGCUGUAGUUUUGACCUCAGUUGUUGAUACUUACAAUUCCAUACCCGCCAUGUUAAGACCUCCAAUCCUAUAUGGGAAUGGAAGAGGACCUCUCACGAUGAGUGAUGCUGAACUGCUAAGAACUAGAGAGUUCAGGGACCUAGUUGUCAGAGUAUGGGGACUUCUACGAACCUCUGAAGAUUUUGACCCGGCCCUCUUGCAACCUAUAUUGCAGGUCCUUCAACAGCCCGAGGCACGCAGUCUAGGAGGACGUGUUAUCGGUGGAGUAACUCAACGCCUUGCCGCACGAUUCUUGCAACAAGUGCUUCGCACGCCGCCACCUGUUCCGACCUCAUAGACAUUCUUUUUCUGCGUUUCAGGUAAGAAAGAUUCAUGUAACCUUGCACACUAUUGGAAAAGAAGGGGUAAAAGAAAAAGGGAAGGAUGAAAAGUUGAGAUGCUGAGUGGAUCAUCUCACCAAUUGUUUCUCUGGCAAUCAUGUAUAAUAGAAAAGUUCCCAAUACUCUGAACCAGUAUCUUGCAUCUUGACAGGCAGUGAACAAUCUUACUGUUCAGGAAAUCGUAUGCAACUGCUCUUAAUACUUUCGCGAGCCAACAUUACACAGUAAUUAGGGCAAGAAACGUAGAUCCCAAUCUUGAAAGCACUCAAGAAAGGUUCUCUGGGGAUCCGUUUUAACAUUGGAUGGAUCCGAUAAAAUUGGGACGAUGUA